UGCCGCCGCCCGCGGGUUCUGGGGCCCCGGCAGCGCCGCUCCGAGGCACCGGGGCCGCGCCGGGGGCCGGGGAGCUGCCGAGGGUCACCGAGACGCCGGUUCCCUCGGGCAGCAGCGGCCGAUGUGGGAAAGCUCCGAGUGGCGUUUUGGGCCUGGUGGGCGUCGGGAGCCGGAGGAGGAGGAAGGAGCGGCGAAGAGCCCGGAGCAGCAGCGCGGAGGCUGCGGGAUUGCCUCCGGUACGGCCCGGCCGUGAUCAGGUCUGUGUCCUGCUGGGGUUUAGGACAGAGCAUCACAUCCAGGCCACCUUGUCCCCUCUGUGCUGGUUGCCAGGAUGUGGUGCCAGAGGCUGGCAUGGCUGCUCCGGGGGUGCCAUGGGAGCCCUGGACGUCGCUGGCCACGGCUGCCCCAAGCCCCCAGGCCCAUCCUGGCUGCCCCAGCUCGCUGCCAAACCACGGUCCCAGCGUCCCCGCCCUGCGCCUGGCAGCUGCACCAGGACCAUCUUGAGCUGAGGUACGGGAGCACCGUGAUGCGCCUGGAUUUCGUGUGGCUGCGGGACCACUGCCGCUCUGCCUCCUGCUACAACGCCAAGACCAAGCAGCGCAGCCUGGACACGGCCAGCGUGGACCUGGCCAUCCAGCCCCAGGCUGUGCGGGUGGAUGAGACCACGCUCUUCCUCACCUGGCCGGAUGGACACGUGACACGCUAUGGGCUGGAGUGGCUGGCAAAGAACAGCUACGAGGGGCAGAAGCAGCAGGUGAUGCACCCCCGGAUCCUGUGGAAUGCUGAGAUCUACCAACAAGCCCAGGUGCCCUCCAUCGACUGCCGGCGCUUCCUGGAGACACACGAGGGCCUGAAGGAGUUCCUGCAGAACUUCCUGUGGUAUGGGAUUGCCUUUGUGGAGAAUGUCCCUCCCACCAAAGAGGACACAGAAAUCGUGGCAAAGAGGAUCAGCAUCAUCAGGGAGACCAUUUAUGGCAGGAUGUGGUACUUCACAUCUGACUUCUCCCGGGGAGACACAGCCUACACCAAGCUGGCCCUGGACCGGCACACAGACACCACCUACUUCCAGGAGCCCUGUGGCAUCCAGGUGUUCCACUGCCUGAAGCACGAGGGCACGGGCGGGCGCACGCUGCUGGUGGAUGGGUUCCAUGCAGCUGAGCAGGUGCGGCUGCAGGCCCCAGAGCACUUUGAGCUGCUGGCCAAGGUGCCCCUCAAACACGAGUAUGUGGAGAACGUGGGCGACUGCCACAACCACAUGAUAGCAGUGGGGCCCGUGCUCAACGUCUACCCCUGGAACAACGAGCUUUACCUCAUCAGGUACAACAACUACGACCGUGCCGUGAUUAACACAGUGCCGCACGCCGUGGUGCACAGCUGGUACCACGCCCACCGCGCCCUCACCACCGAGCUGCGCCGGCCCCACAACGAGCUCUGGGUCAAGCUGAAGCCGGGCAAGGCCCUGUUUGUGGAUAACUGGCGUGUCCUGCACGGCCGGGAGGCGUUCACGGGGUACCGGCAGCUCUGUGGCUGUUACCUGACCAGGGAUGACAUGCUGAACACUGCCCGCCUGCUGGGGCUGCAGGCCUAGGCAGCCCUGCAGAGAGCCAGGAGCCCGGAGGCCCACUGCCAGGAGAGCCAGGAGCCCCCAGGCCCACCCUUGGGAGAGCCAGGAGCUGCCCAGUCUCACUGCCAGGAGAGCCAGGAGCCCCGAGGCCCACUGCCAGGAGAGCCAGGCAGCCCUAAUCCCACUUUUGGGAGAGGCAGGAGCCCCUCAGUGCCACCCCAGGAGUACCAGGAGCCCCCAGCCCCCUCACACAGCUGGUGCCUCCCCAGGUACUCCAGGCCCUCUGUGCCAGUGCCUCAACACAACAAUGACACUGCAAUACCUCAGACACCUCCACCUUCUCCAAGCAGCUCAGGGCCUGCUCAGGACAGGACACAGGUGGAAACAAAAGCUUGUGGGAUUGUUUUUGGGUCAUGCUCUGCCUCUGAGCAAAGGCUGUCUGUGCUCCCAGCCAGGGUGGCUCAGGCAUGGUUAAUCCCACCAUGGGAAGUGCUCCUCCAAGCAAGUGCCUUCAGCAUUUGGAAGCUUUGCAUUAUUCCCUGUUUGGCCUUUUUUUGACUGCCAGUUUUAGGGGACUUUUAGCAGAGCAGAAUGGAAAGCUCUGGGAUCUUGUCUUUUAUCACUGAUCCAAGCCAAGCUGCCUGAGAGAGGGCCUAGAGAGAUCCUGGUGUAGUUUGGGCAUUUCUGAGAAGGUUUAGGUUAGAGAAGGAAAAGGGAAACAGCACGAUCUGCAUGUUGGGAAGCAGAGAUGAUGAUGAGGAAUGGAAUUCCCAGUUUUCCUUGACUUGCAGCACUGCCAUGCUGCUGUUCCCUCUGCCUGUUGCACUUGUGUUGAAGGCUCAGCAGCCCCAGGAUUUGUGACAAACUUCCCACUGUGCUCCUCUCCCAUCUUUUCUUAAGGAGUGGUGUUAGGUCAUCAUCACACUCUGAUGCAUGAACCUCACUGUUUGGGUGGAUUUUUUCCCAAAAUUGUCCCACUCUGAAUGUAACUCUGAGAUGCCUUUCCUGUGGCACACUGAAAGGCCACAGGGUCAGGAACAAAAGCAAAUCCUGCUGUUACAGAAUUUUUCUUUCUGCCAUAUCUUUUAGGCUGUUACAGAAUUUUUCUUUCUGCCACAUCUCUUGGGCUGUUACAGAAUUUUCCAUUCUGCCCUAUCUCUUGGGUGCUCUGAGCAGGCCUUAGGGCAGGGCUGGGCCCUUUCCCCCCUGGCUGUGCUGUGUGAGCUGCUCUGUGUCCUCAGGGCGGUGCAAGUGCACAGCUGCUCAACUUGCUGCCCUUGUUUAAUCUGAAUGUAGAGAUCGUGGUGCCAGGACACUCCUGAAAUCUCCUGAAAUCAGAUUUUUGUGAGAUCUGCCCUUGCUGGGGGCUCAGCUCCCUGAUGCUCCCAGUCCUGGGGUUCCCUUCCCAGUGCUUCCCAUCCCUCUGAGCCCCUGGGAGUCAGCAGGGCUCAAAGGGAUUUCUGAGCCCAGCUGGGCAGCUGGUGCCAGGUGAGCUGCCCUCUAGUCAGGCACAGCUCAAAUGGCAGCCUUGCAGCCCAGCAGGAGCCAGUUUUAAAAUUCAGCAGGAAAAUUAAACCCCCUCCAGCCAACCUCUUUCCAUAGUGGAAGAAAAACACUGGGAGAGAUUCUGGAUUGGAGUCACAAUUUACUGAAGAAAUCGCAAUAAUCACGAUGAAGUUAAUAAAAGAUUGUACAAAAAGAGAAUG